GAAGCUGAAACCUUUUAAUUUUUUUUUUUUUUUUUAAAUUUUAGUGAAACUGAAACCUAGAGAGAGGUUAGGUAGACAACCGAGAAUAUCUACAGUUCAAAACUCGACCCGCUCCUAUUCUCAGUUCUCCUGUUCAUUAGCCACCGGUAAACUCUCCCAUCCAUCCCCUCUCUGGUCCCUCUCCCAAUUCUCUUCCUGUCUUUUCUCUUCCGAUUUCGGCUUCUCUCUGUUAUUCUUUUGUUCAUCACUUUAAGAACUUCAGUGACGAGAGAACAUGGAAAAAUCUCCACGGGAAAAGAGAAAAGAAGCUCGGUUGGAGAAGAAUUCCAAAAAACACCAAGUACACCUCCAGCGUCAGAAAAAUAAAAAAAUUCAGAAGAAUUCUCGGGAUAUGAAAUCAAAAAGUGUGAAGAAGUCCAACAGUUUCCUUCUUCAUCCUUAUAAUGUAAAACAGACACAAUUGUCAGAGUUGGAUGAUGACUUACGGAGUCAAAAGCCUUCUAAAAUGGAGAAGGGUGUUGAGCAUGUCGUGGAUUCUUCAAGUGAUGCUGAAUUAAGCGAGUCAACAGUGGUGGAAAGAAAAAUGGGUUCAAAGAGAACAGGGAAAACCAAUUUUGAGAAGUUUCUUGAGAUGGAAGCUGCGGUGCAUGCUGAGGAGGAUUUGGAAUUGGAAAGAAAGCUUGCCAAGAAACUUAAGGUGAAGGGUGGAAAACUAAGGGGAGCAGAUGAUGAAAUGAAUUUAUUAUUUGAAGGAAUUCGAUCUGUCUUAGAUUCAGAUGGGGAAGAUGAAUUACCAGUUAAGAAAUCUAAGAAGAGAACCUCAAUUAAGAAAGGCAAAAUAGAAAUCAGUGAUCAGGACCUAGAAGUUGAAAUACCCUCCCAUUCAAUGGCUGAAUUAUUUGAACCAGAAGAUAUGAAUGGCGUUGAGGCUCCAUCAGAUGUUCUGGACGAGGUGCCUGCGAGGAAGAAAAAUAAGAAAAGAAGGUUGCCAGAGAAAGGAAAAGAAAGUGACAUGGAAGGUAGCACAAACAUUGAUGUGUCGAUACCGACGGAUUCGUGUAGAGAUGAUAUGCUGCUUGAUGAAGUUCCCAGCAAAGCACCUCAGAAAUAUGUUGCUCCGCACUUGAGAUCUCGUAAAGGAGCUGAGCCGGAGGAGCAUUCUCAGAUUCGUAGACGAGUACGAGGACUUCUGAAUAGGUUGUCUGAAUCCAAUGUUGAAUCAAUUACUGGAGAAAUGUCUGGUAUAUUUCGCUCAAUUGCCCGCAGUGUAGCUUCUCAAAUAAUCAGUGAGGAGGUUUUAGCUUCUUGUUCUAGGGGGCCUCGUGGAAAUGAACAGUAUGCUGCAGUUUUUGCUGCUUUUGUUGCAGGCAUGGCCUGCUCAGUUGGUAUCGACUUUAGUGCAAAGCUUAUGGCUUCCCUUGCUAGAAAUUUCGAGGAUGAGUAUCAUAACCAAGAUAACCUUUCUCUGCGUAACAUUACUCUGUUGCUAUCUUAUUUAUGUGUAUUUGGAGUGUGCUCAAGUGAUCUUAUUUAUGACUUUAUGUCCAUGCUGAGCAAGCGUUUAGCAGAGAUUGAUGUCUCUACAAUUUUGACAGUUUUACAAUGCUGUGGGAUGAAAAUAAGGGCUGAUGAUCCUCUAUCCAUGAAAAACUUUAUUCUCAGUGUUCAGAAUAGAGUGACUGAGCUAAAGGCAUCCUCGCAAGAGAGCCAGGAAAAUAUAAACAGCAAAAGGAUGGAGUUCAUGCUUGAAACAAUAUGUGACAUAAAAAACAACAAGAAAAGAUCUAAAGAUGAUCCAGCACAUCACACGAGGAUUAAAAAAUGGUUACAGAAGUUAGGAGCAGAAGAAAAAAUUAUCAGAGGUCUCAAAUGGAGCAAGCUGCUUGAUCCUGAUAAGAAAGGUCAAUGGUGGUCGUCUGUGGAUUUGGCUUCAGCCAGAGACGAUGUUGAGGAGGUUGCCAGCACAAUAGAUAAAGAGAUUCUCGAAGCGCAAAAAAUGCUACAGCUUGCUGCGGAACAAAGGAUGAACACAGAUGGUAGAAAGGCAAUUUUUUGUAUAAUAAUGAGUGGUGAGGACUACAUUGAUGCAUUUGAGAAGCUUUUAAGGUUGGACUUACCAGGAAAGCAGGACCGAGAGAUUAUGCGGGUUCUUGUUGAGUGUUGUUUACAAGAGAAGGUGUUCAACAAGUAUUAUGCUGUACUGGCCACUAAAUUGUGUGAGCAUGACAAAAAUCACAAAUUCACCUUACAGUUUUGCCUAUGGGAUCACUUUAAACAGGUGGAGUCGAUGGCGCUUAUUAGAUCAAGGAACCUUGCUAAAUUUGUGGUAGAGAUGGUUGCCUCUUUCUCCCUCUCCCUUGCAGUAUUGAAGGCGGUAGAUUUGAACGAUAUCACGCUUCUAACUCCUAAAAGGAUAAUGCACUUUAGGAUGCUUUUCGAGGCCAUGUUUGAGUAUCCGGAUAAGCUCGUAUGGAACAUAUGCACGAGAGUGGCUGUUGCACCAGACCUUGAAAAUCUUCGUCAAGGAAUUGAAUACUUUGUUAAGGAGUAUCUUGUGAAAUCCAACAGAGCCACUAGUGAGAAGUUUAAGGUUAUGAGAAAAGCGCUAAACAAUGUAGAAGGAAUUCUCAUGUGAAAUUCGUAACACCUGCCUAAUAGCAAUACCAGUUUUGUAGUUCAAUUUUAGGUUUUAAAUCGUUCGUAGUUGAUUCUACGGGUUCGUUUAUUAUCUUUAUUGCUGUAAAGACUGAGCAAAAGGUUUGACAAAGAAGCAUCAUUUUCUCUUU